AUGAAAAUUUUAUUAACAGUUUUUUCAAUUUUAAUAGUUGUGUGCAGUGCAAGUUUCAAAUGUAGUGUUCCAGGGGGUAAAUGCUCAGAAUAUCCAUAUGUACCAUGUCCAAAGGGAUACUAUUGCUCAGACAUGUAUGAAAAUGGGACAUGUUUACAAGAACUCAAAUUAGGAGAUAAUUGCACUGAACUUUUUUUAUCAAGAGAAUGUGGUGAUGGCCUAUUUUGCCAAACUAUCCCUUUUGGAAAUACUCCAGGUAUCUGUUCCCCCUUCAGUUAUCUCGGUAUUGGUGAGAAUUGUGAAAAGGAUGAUAAAUGUCUUGGAACAUUACAAUGUAUUGGUUCAAAAUGUACCAGCCCCACUCAAGAAUGUCAAAAUAAUUUUGAUUGUCCAAAUGAUCAAUAUUGCGAUGGUUCUAUAUGUCCAUAUAACCCAGAAGACCCAGUUUGUCAUAAUACAACCUGUAAACCAAUUAAAAAAGUGGGUGAUAAGUGUGUAAACAUUAAUGAAUGUGAAAUAAACUCAGAAUGCCACAAUGGAGUAUGUUCUCCAUUGUACAGCCUUCAGAAAGGUGAAGAAUGCACUGAACAUCACGAUUUAUGUGGUGAAUCUUUAUAUUGUCAUUGUGACAGUGUUGACCAUCAAAUAUUUUGCAAAUGUGCACAAUUUGAUUCUAAUAGCCUCAAAAACUGUACUGGAAAUGACUAUAGAUGCCCAGAUCGCUAUUUAUGUGAUACUGAUACCAAUGAAUGUGUUUAUUCAUUUUUAUCAAAAACAACUCAGUGUCAAAAAGCAAAACUUCAAAGAGAUCAAUGUUAUGAAAAGAAUGAUUGUGUUAAUUACAUUGAAGGAUCAAGUAUCCCAUACAAAGAGUCAUGCUUGAUGAAACAUUGUGAAAAAGAAACAUUAAACUACAACAAGCAAUGUUACCUUAGAGAAGGAGUUUGUUUAUAA